CGACCUUUAGAAGGGUAUCCUACGUCUGUAAUUUGAUAUGGAUCAUUUACCACUCAAAAUUUCUGUAACGAGGAACACAAACGAAAGAACCCCAAAACAUCACGUGGUAAUCAAACCUUCACCUUGGACGUCUGUUUUUACACCCUGGACAUCAACGCCAAUCAAAGAGAAAGCCAUUCGGAAGCGUAGUAGAAGUCGUGAGAACCUCCAAUCUGGAACCGAUCGCAUCGCAAGCUUCGAAAACCCAUGGCCCAGUUUCCACAAGCCUACACGGCAGGAGCUCUGGGACUCGCUCGCUUUCGGCGCCGAUGAAGAUCCGUGCAUCGAGCUUGCUGCCUCGCAUGCUCCAGAAGUAUUGGCAGAUGGGUCGAGUAGAGCGAUGCGAGACAAGCAAGCGGCUCAAUUACUUCGAAUCGAGACGCCAGACUUUUCAUUUGAUGGUGACAAACACCGGUCCAAAUCAACGUGGCUAGGACACGCGUCUAUGCUGCUACAACUGCCAUCUCUAGGAAUCGGAGGAUCGCCAACAAGGGUAUUGUUUGACCCCAUAUUUUCCAUGAGAUGCUCCCCGUCUCAAUCAGUCGGCCCAAUACGAUCAUACUUUCCUCCAUGCAAGUUGGAAGAGCUGCCCCCAAUCGACGUAGUUCUCAUCAGCCACAAUCACUACGACCAUCUGGACUGCGAAACGAUCAAAGGUCUAUGGAAGCUGCACAGUUCCACUAUACGUUUCGUUGUGCCGUUGAAGAACAAGAAAUGGUUCACAGAAUGCGGCGUGCCAGCAGACCGUGUGGAAGAGCUGGACUGGUGGGAGUCUGCAGUCCUUUCAGGAGCGGAAUCUAGCGAUCCUCAACUUCAAAUCACAUGUACUCCUGCUCAGCACGGUAGCGGUAGAGAGGGUGGAGAUGCAAACACAACAUUGUGGUCAUCCUGGUACUUGGAACGCAGCGCAGCUCAUGGCAACCCUUACAGGGUAUUCUUUGCAGGGGACACAGGCUAUCAAUUCCACAGCGACCCAUCCUGGCCUCCUCGGCCGCCGGCCACCGCACCGAAGAUUGGGCCGGGACAAUCCACAGGGCCAAAACGACCAAUGUCCAAGCGCGCGCACAGCAAAGAACGGGAUUCACUAUCAACUGAAUACCCUGCAUGUCCUGCCUUUGCAGAAAUCGCUAUGCGUCUCGGUCAGCCCCACCUCCUCUAUCUACCUCUCGCGCUUGGUGCUACCUGGGCAUACCUCAAAAGCUUCUUCUCCAACUAUCUUCCGGAUUCUCUAGAUCCGUUUCCGCGGCAUAGUCCUGGUAUUGCAGGCGCGAUCCAUAUGCCUCCCUGGGAUGCGGUUCGGGUGCUCCGGGAGAUGACGGAUAAUACGGCUGGAGACAUCAAAUCAGAUCGGCCAAUCGCUAUCGGCAUGCAUUGGGGCACAUUUGUCACGGAUCAGACGGAAGUACUGAAGACGCUUGGCCAACUGGAAUGGGCUUGUAGCCAACAGGAUGUGGAGUUUUCGAGAUCGCUUGAGGGCAAGCGGGAGAACGAUGAGCAGCGGGUACGUUUUCUGGCUCUGAAUCAUGGGCAGAGCGUGACAAUUUGACCUCUAUCGAAAGGAUACGCGGUCCAUUGGGUCAUGAAGGGGUCCUC